AUGACAGGCGAGCAAACCCCAUUAAUUAACUCUAAUGAUGAGUACUACAUCGAAACCGAAUACGGCUCUAUUUUGCCACAAUUCGUAAGAAAGAGCAAACCAAUCAAGUACAUGUUGUUGGUAUUGGUAACAGGAUUCGUUCUUUUCCUGGUAUAUGUGAUGGUAGUUGUGCUGCCAUCCGUGGUGCCGGAUGCAGUAAGUAUACCUGAUUUUUCAAUGGUCAAAAGUACGGGAAUUUAUUUACAUCCACUAGUAGCCGAAAAAAAGGAUAAGCCAGAGGACCCGGAAGAUCCGGUCAAGAUCAUCCCUGAUUUUAAACACUUGGAUUAUCUAGAUGAAAGUAAUCCAAUUCUAAGUGAACAUCUAGAUAAAUUGAGAAAAUGGGAUCCUAAUUUUGAUAAUAAAAUUGCCAAGAAGAGAAUGAUUUUAAUUGGGGAUGUUCACGGGUCUCUUCAUGAAUUGAAAAGAUUUUUAUCGCAUGUGAACUAUGAUGGAGGAAAAGAGGAUUAUGUUUUAUUAUUAGGGGACUUUGUCAAUAAGGGUCCAGAUUCCAUUGGCGUGAUCAAUUACAUAAUGGAGAAUAAUAUUGAUUGUGUUUUAGGUAAUCAUGAUUUGGCCAUGCUGAAAAGGUAUAUCCAACUACAUAAUGUCCAAGCUCCUGUUUUUAAGAACAAAAACGGAUAUGAAGACUCUCAUUUGUCACUGCGUGAACACUUUAAAUUUGAUGAUUUGAUGAAAAUUGCAAAGAAGCUAACCCCUGAACAUAUGAGAUUUUUGAGUAGUUUAUCAGCAAUCAAGACCUUAGGCCCUGUUCCAAGAUUUAACAAUAAAAAGCAAAGCCGGCACGCUGAAUUUCCUGCUCAAGGAUACGCAGUACAUGCUGGAUUGAUGUGGGAUAGAGACAUUGACAACCAAGAAAUUGAAGAUGUCACAACAAUGAGAGAUCUGUUGCCACCAUUUUGGAAUGUAUCAACAGAAGACACAAAAACGAAAAUUGGUGGUGUCAAGUCUGUGCCAUGGACCAAGGUUUGGAAUGAAGUUCAACAUGAGUUUUAUAGCGAAGAACUGGAAAAGGUUAAUGACUCUACGUUGACCAUUGGCUCUAAGGUUUUCUAUGGACAUGCUGCAGGUAGAGGAGUUACUCUCAAGGACUUUUCCACAGGGUUGGACUCUGGAUGCGUCUAUGGUAAACAACUUACAGGGACUAUUAUCUGGGCUCAAAUGUCUUCACAUAGAGAACCUAAAAUUGUAUAUAAACAGAUGGUGGUUGAUAUUAAUUGCUAG